AUGGAUCUCUCUCCCACAUUGGCUUCAUGGGUUGUCACCAACCUCCAGCCACUUACGACCGUCCUCUUGCUCUGCACGACCAAAAAGGGUCACCCGCUCCGAUGGCUGAAUGUCCUCAUUCUUAUAGUCUUGGUCGUCAUACAUGGAAAGUAUAUACACCUGAUAAGUAUGAGUACGCCGGAUGAUGUGAUGCAGCGUAUCAGUCCUCUCCCAGUACUGUUACACACCAUCGUGCUACUCAAGGGGAUCGACUACCGGGAUCUGCAAGCACAGCACAAACCUAAGGACCAAGGGUCGCGGAUGGCGAACAUAUGGGCCGCUAUACGGGUGACUAUGGACUACUCUGCUGUUGGGACGCGCUGGCAAGUGCGCAAUGUGCCAAAGAUGCCUGCUUGGCUUGGUACUAGUCCCACACGCACUCGGUUUCUUAUGCGUCAGGUGGCAGUCGCAAGCUGGCAGUAUCUCGCUCUGGACUUCCUGCAGCGGAUGAUUCGUGAGGAUGAGUUCAUUUGGAAUGAAAUCAUUGCGGUGCUGCUUGAACCCACCACUACGGCGAAGCACUCUUGGCUUUUGGAAGCUACUAUCAACAUUGUGAUUUGGUUUCUUAUCGCUCGUUUAUCUCUGGACAUUAAAUGGCGCGCCACGUCGAUUGUGGCGGUUGGCUUGGGGAUCUCCGAACCUGCGAGCUGGCCCCCAAUGUUUGGGAGUAGUUUGGAGGCGUACACAAUCCGGAAUUUCUGGGGAAAAUACUGGCACCAACAGCUCCGUUGGCCGUUGACAGCGACCAGUGCGUUCCUCCUCCGCAGCAUCCUCCACAUGCCUCGGCCAUCCAUACUGGAACGAUACUCGAAUAUUUUCUUGUCAUUUUUGCUUUCGGGUUUCAUUCAUCUUGCAGCGCAAUAUAAAGGAUCCACCUUGGAAAAACCGGGCGCUGUUGAAUUUUUCACCUCAUUUGCGCUGGGUAUAAUUAUUGAAGAUGGAGUUCAAGAGCUCUGGUCACGACUUGUUUCUAGUCCCAGCAACGAAAAGGAUACCUCGAAGGAUACAAACACUGCCGUCUGGAAGAAAUUAGUCGGGUACGUCUGGGUUACUGGCUGGUUGACGGGCCUCGGUGCAUUCUAUUCAUACGAUAUGGCCUACAUUGCGCUUAUCGAGCCCAUGCCACUGGCGGUCAAUCUCUCGGCAUUGUUGACUAUGCCAAUCACCGCCCUUGUGCUCGGGGUAGGAUUGCUAUUUGGGGUUUGGCAGUUAAAUCAUGAGUGUAGGAUCCAAAUCAAGGCAAUUGUUUGA